AUGUUGCAAAGAUUCGGCAGAGGUCUCUCCAGGCCAGUAGCACUGGAAUCCUAUACCUCAUCAUGUGGAUCUUUACGAACCUACCGACAACUCCACAACACUACUCGAAGAGAGGCAGAAGAUUCAAGAGACAACGAUGAGAAGUCAGCAUAUGAGCGCUCAGUUGAAUCCUUGAACAUCGAUCCAGAAAAUAAAACAGUCACAACCGUCGUCGGAAACUUACCCCUCUCCCCAAUUAUGGAUCCCGAGUUUCACAAAGCCCGAAAUAAUUUCACCAAACCAAAGCCAAAGCACGCUGCCCGCCCAAAAGACAAGUUCCGCAGGCAACUGGAGAGAAAUCCCUAUGCCCGAAUGCUCGCUGAGCGCGUCAGAACCUGUGAUAUCACCGGAACACCCCUUCCAAAACCCCUCUUGCAGCGCUUCAAGCUCGGCCAGGAUCCAACCACAGAAACAACAUGGUGGAUGCCACAAGAUCUUGAGAGUAAAGUUCCAAAAGAAGGAGGGGAGGUCCCGGCCGCUACCGAACUUCCGGGCCCUUCUGCGUAUACUCUCAACAGCCAUUUGUUUCUACAAGAACUCGUCACGCCCAAAGGCAUGUAUUCCUCGAGUUCCAGCAGACUACUACGUGCAACUGAGAGCGGGACGGGGCGAUACACAUCCGCCUUGAAUAAUGCUCAAUGGCGUAAAGACAUGGAUACCUAUCUGCUGGAAACAAUGCGCAAACGUGUUUUUGAAGGUCUCAUACAUGCCGCUCAUCUGGCUGAGAAGGGUGGAUCAGAUGGCAGACCACGCAAAUAUGUUACCAAGCUCAACAGCUGGAACGAAGUGAGCGAGUUGAAGCAGCGGCAAUGUGUCUUGUUUUUCGGGCCUCCAGAAGGCCUUUCCCCUGGCCCCGCGAUGGCCUCCGUUCCGUCAGCAAUUUCGACCCUGGCUAUCAAAGGCUCAAAGUUCGGCGAGAAGAUCGCAGUGCAUGACAUGCGAGUGGUGCUGGGCAGAGAACACUUGGCCAAGUUAAGACAAGAAUCUACAUUACUUCAGGACGGAUCAUUGUAUAUGUUGAGGGGACAGGCGAGCAUGAGACUGAACAUGCUGAUAUGGAAGCUGCAAGAGUAUAUUGCUGGCUCGGAAGAUUCAGUGGGCGAGGUGGACGAUGGGGAGACAGUACCACAACGAUCCGAAGAUUCCGCGGCCGAACUUGUUCAACCCCAAGAAGAGGACUGGGAGUCGUUACUGGAUGACGAUCUGGACAGGGCUGAAGAUCUCAGAGACUGA